AUGGGGUUCCCUUGGGGUAUCGUUGUGGUCCUGAAGCGCGACUGGACUCCCAUCAGUCGGAUUCGCAAAAGAUACGAAUUUGACGGCUCAGGUCGCCUUUUCUUUACAGAACUCAUUGUUCUGCAGAAAGACACCAUUGCCUGGCUUCCAAGACAAGAGUCCUUCCGGAAAGCCGGUGACUAUCGCGAAUGGGUCUACAUCGCACUCUAUUACCCGUCUCUACCGGUUCUCUUGGAUGCAAACGGAAGCGGGAGUAUUCAUUGGGAUUCCUUGGAGGACUACGAACACCCGCAUGAUGAGCGCCUGGUCGAGAUUCCUGUCUCCCAUCUCAGCGCUGAGGUCUUUAUUCUUCGAGAUUUCGUGCCUAGAAUGCCUGAACACGAUGCUCUAGCUGCCCGAUAUCCUCCUGGAGAAGUAGGCAUCUUCUUGAAGGGCGAUAUAGCCACGCACGAGGACUUAUCCAUGCACCCUCCCAUGAUUCUCAGGGUCCAUGGCGGAGGCUGGACUGUUGAUGGACAGAGAAGACACUGUCUUAUUCCUUAUAGCCUUGUGAGUGCUAGUUUCGCCUUCCUCGUCCACCCGACCACAAGGCCCUUUCAUAGCCUUGCCGCAGGCACCAAGGCCCCUGUCGCCUUAAGUCAGAAGCCGCGAGGUCUAUCUGACAGCCCCCUCAUCACCAUUCGGCCUGUUCAGCAGCUCGAGACUGGCCUCGCCUACAUACUCCCCAGGGUCGACGCGAGGGUCGACGUCACCACCCCAUUCCUCCGCAUCGGUAUUCGAAUUGUCAAGGACUAUGGACCAGGUGUUCCGGAGUUUGACAGCAUGACGCCCAUCAUGCUUAAGACUAGCACAAAGACUAGCACCAAUACCACUCAGGCUGAGAAGGAAUCUUCCAAGGCCGGCGAUAUAGCUGUUUGCGACCACUUUGCCAUCGACGUGCCCGAUAUCAACGUGAUCAAGAAGCUUUACUCUAGCGCCGGUAAACAUUCGGGCUAUAGGGCUUUUGGUAUCGAGCAAGCUAUUCCUCGCGACUUUGUCGAGUAUGGCUUGCAGAUGACCGGUUCUGUUGCUGUCAAGAACUAG